AUCUUCCGUGAAGGAGCAUGUGCGGAAGAGCGAUAAACGGGCUGAACGGCUUCCCCAGCAAGCCUAACGUUCACCUGUGCUACCAGGCGGUUUGAGGGCCGGCAUUUUGCCCGAUACCAGAUCCAAUUCCGGCGGUUUUGACGGCCGACGUUUUGAAGACGCGAAAGAGCAACAACCGUCUGAUGAAAUCUGAUCAAAGCCAAUAAUGAAACGUUUCUUCAAACCUAUAGAGAAGGAAGGCUCAGCGAAGAAACCUUGUCUUUCACCUUCCGACAAACCCAACGACAACGACAAGAAGGAGCCAUUGAAGUUCUUAACAUGGAACGCUAAUAGUUUGCUUCUUCGAGUCAAGAGUAACUGGCCCGAAUUCUCCGACUUUGUGUCAAAGAUUGAUCCUGAUGUCAUUGCCAUACAGGAAGUACGGAUGCCUGCUGCUGGUUCCAAGGGUGCUCCUAAAAACCCGGGAGAGUUGAAAGAUGAUACCAGUACUUCCAGAGAGGAAAAGCAGAUAUUGAUGCGUGCCCUCUCUAGUCCGCCUUUUGGAAAUUAUCGAGUUUGGUGGUCAUUGGCCGAUUCAAAGUAUGCUGGGACUGCCUUGUUAGUGAAAAAGUGUUGUCAACCACAAAAAGUAUCUUUCUCUCUGGAGGGAACAGCUUCAAAGCAUGAACAGGAUGGGAGGGUCAUUUUAGCUGAAUUUGAGACUUUUCGUUUGUUGAAUACAUAUGCACCGAACAAUGGUUGGAAAGAAGAGGAAAAUUCAUUUCUAAGGAGAAGAAAAUGGGACAAAAAGCUUCUAGAGUUUGUUGUUCAACAUUCAGAUAAGCCUCUUAUAUGGUGUGGUGAUCUGAAUGUGAGCCAUGAGGAUAUUGAUGUCAGUCAUCCAGAUUUUUUCAGUGCAGCAAAGCUCAAUGGUUAUAUUCCUCCAAAUAAAGAGGAUUGUGGGCAGCCUGGAUUUACAGUUGCUGAGAGGAAGCGUUUUGGGUCAAUAUUGAAGGAGGGAAGGCUCAUAGAUGCUUACAGAUACCUACACAAGGAGAAAGACAUGGAGGGCGGAUUUUCAUGGUCUGGACACCCCAUUGGAAAGUAUCGAGGCAAAAGAAUGAGAAUAGACUAUUUCAUUGUUUCAGAAAAGCUCAAAGAUCGGGUUGUUGCAUGUGAGAUGCAUGGGCAAGGGAUUGAGUUACAAGGAUUUUAUGGGAGCGAUCACUGUCCAGUUUCCCUUGAGCUUUCACAGGCCAGCAGCACGGUAGCACAGAUCGAAGUUGUUAAUCAUAUGUGAUGUACUUUUUUUUUCUUAACAGGAUCUUGCCAUGCGUUGUUUACUUACCACAAAUCUUUUGUACUGACCCGAAGCAAUUUAUUUCCUCAAGUCUGCAAACUCGUUUUAGUCUCCUCUCUCUUUCUCCCUUUUACAUAUAUGUAUAAAUCUGGAAAGUUGGGGAAAGGGUGACUUGUAAUUACAAGUCGCAUGCCUGAGUAAACUUACAACUUGGGGUCUGAAGGUUAUAUGCUUGCAGCCCAGUAGGUCA